AUAAGAAACAGUUUUUUUUCUUAUCCGGCUGAUAAAUAUUUAGAUGUUCUGGUUAAUCACGCACAUUAUGCAUCAGUUUCUCACGAAGCUAGAGAAUCUAGUGGUUUUUUAUCGUUGACGUUAAAAAAAAGGAAAAAAUUGCAAUGCAAAAAUGUAAUCCUGAACAUAUUGUACUCAUAUCAGCAUUCAAAAACGGAGAGUUUGACAAUGCAAGUGAAAUUUUGGCGCGCGAUCACGAAUAUAAAUACGUAGGUCCAUUAGGUGUCCUAAUCCUACAGGUGGCUGCGAGGCAAGGAAACAUAUAGUAGAACUGUUAAACCAAUUACUUUUUUAAAUUAAAUACGUUCAUUUAGGUUAAAUCAGAAAAAAAUUUUUAAUGAAAAUACUAAGAUAAUCUCACUUGGGUAUUUUGUAGAAAAAAUAGAUUUAAAGCCAGCGCGCGCACGCACACACACACACACACACUCGCGACGCGCACUUGCCGCCUUUUUCUUGAAAAGGUAAUUUUGUAGGGCCCGUAAUUAACACGGCCCUGGCGCGUUCUGUAAAGACUGUAAUUUUUAACCACCGCGGCGCUGAUAGCUAUGGGCCCGCGUGGCGACACCGGCAAGCGUGCGAGCGCUCAAAAGAUCAAGAUCAAUAGUGAUCCGUGCAAGUGUUCUUUUCGCCAUAUGUACGUGCGGUCAGAGUCUCGUCCUGGCGAGUCAUUAGCCGUCAAACUAAUUCUUAAUAAAUAACUCUUAUAUUCUCGGCCAGUUAAAUAGCGUGAGUGUUCGAUUAUUAGCCCUCGAUACUAUCGAAAAUUAUUCUACAUCAGCGAAAUCGUCCGUAAUACUAUCUGAGCGGCAGUUUUGCUACAAUUUUGUAAUACAAUAUAAGAGAUUUUUACCCGGUAAUAACGGCUAAUUUCUCACUAGCAUCGUGGACGAAAAAACUUUUGUCGUUGACGUAUAAAAACGGAAAAAUUACAAUGCAAGACGGCGAUCCGGAUCAUAUUGCACUAAUAUCAGUGAUAAAAAAUGGAAAGUUCGACAACGCAAGUGAAAUUUUGGCGCGCGAUCACGAAAAUAAAUACGUAGGUCCAUUAGGUGUUCUUCAAAUCACAGCCCUGCAGAUGGCUGCGUGGCAAGGAAACGUAGGUCUGUUGAACCACCUUCACGGAAGAGGCGCCGAUAUAAACAGCAUAGAUAAAAUUGGUAGGUGCGCACUUUAUUACGCGGCGUACAGCGGUAAUACUGAGGUGAUAAAAUGGCUUCUUGAACAUGGAGGAGAUGUCGACAUCAAAAUCGGUAUCUACUCGUCUGAGACCAACAUCCCUAAUGAUGUAGACACCGCGAACAUACAAUAUAGCCCGUUAAAAAGACCGUUGCCAAUACCCGACUGCAAGGGAAGAACACCCUUGCAUUAUGCAGUGGAAAAUAAUCACGCAGACGUUGUGCGCAUUUUAGUAGAAAGAGGAGCAGAUGUGAAUGUUGAAGACGAGGACCGGAUUACCCCGUUGCUCUUAGCAGGAAGCGCGAUGAAUCGCACCAAUCGCACUGAGAUGAUUAACAAGUUCGUCAAGAUCGUUAAAAUUUUAGUCGACGCGGAGGCGUCUGUUAACGCUAUUCAUCCGGAAACGGGUAACACUGCUCUGCACCGUGCGGUAAAGUUAGACAGUGCAGAAGCAACGAAGAUAUUGUUAAAAGAUGCACGGCCAGAUAAAUGCAACAACUCCGGAGCUACGCCUGUUCAUAUUGCCGCGAAUAGAGGAAAUAUUGAAACACUAAGGAUUCUACUUGAAGCAAUAUCAUCCGAUGUUGAUAAACCUGAUAAGUUAACAAUACCCGACUGCAGGGGAAGAACACCCUUGCAUUAUGCAGUGGAAAAUAAUCACGCAGACGUUGUGCGCGUUUUAGUGGAAAGCAGAGCGGAUGUGAAUUUUAAAGACAAUCAUCAGAUCACCCCGUUGCUCUUAGCAGGAAGCGCGGUGUAUCGCACCAGUCGCACUGAGACGAUUAACAAGUUCGUCAAGAUCGUUAAAAUUCUAGUCGACGCAAAGGCGUCCGUUAACGAUUCUGAUCCGAUUACAGGUAACACUGCUCUGCACCAUGCGGUAAUGCUAGGCAGUGCAGAAGCAACUAAGAUAUUGUUAAAAGAUGCACGAUUGGAUAACUACGACAAUUGCGGGAAUACGCCUCUUCAUAUCGCCGUGAAUACAAAGAAUAUUGAAAUACAUAAGAUUCUACUUGAAGAAAUGUCACAAGAGUACAUUGAUAUACGCAAUCAGGACAAUCAUACCGCUCUUCAUAUAGCAAUUUAUCUGUGUCAUCGCGAGUGCAUACAAGCUUUGAUCAGACGCGGAGCUAAUUUAGCUGCCGAAAUAGACACGGGAAUUACCGCCGUGGAUGCUAUAUUUCAUCAUAUUGCGCAACCAUUCAACUUUUUAACAGACGUCUUGAAUUCUUGCGUACAAAGUCUUCCAACCGAUAAUUCUCCUUCAAAGAAAAUCGAGAGUAUCAUUGUCGACUUCGGUAUAUUGGCUCCAAGAGAUGAGACACAAAUGGCAGUAGUCACAGCCAUUAUUGCCGCAGUUCCGGUUAGAAAAAAACCGGCAAUAUUAUUACAGCAUCCUGUUGUGGAGACCUUUGUCAGAUUAAAGUGGGAGAAAAUAAGAAUAUUUUUCUUUCUUUUUAUACUCAUAUUCUUGUCCUUUGUUAUUUUUCUCUCAAACAACGUCUUAAUAUUUGCACAUAAUGAUGCUGAUUACGUAAUGACUCGAAGAAUCGUAGCAAUUUUUUUUUGCAUUCUUUUGCUUCAAAAUAUAUUUCAAGUUAUACCAGAAUCAAAGUAUUAUUUGAGACAACUAGAAACGUGGUUGUCAUUCAAAUCCGUCAUACUAUCCUUGAUAAUAUUAAUACCGGAAAGGUUCAUAAAGUGUUCAAAGGAAGAAAUCGAGUCUGGGCAUUGGAUAGACGGCGUGCUACAUCUCAUCAGCAUCGCAAUCUUGCUGAGUUGGAUGCAAAAGAUGUUGUUAGUUACCCAAGUUCUAAUGUGGGACAAUUAUCCGCUCAUGUUUUACACGGUGUUGAUGAACAUUCUAAAGGUUCUCUCAACAUUUCGCUGCUGGAUUAUUGGAUUUGUAUUAAGUAUUGCCGUUUUGUAUCACGAAAACGAUCAAUUUCACAAUUUCUGCAGAUCUAUCAUAAAACCUGUAGUAAUUAUGAUGGGCGAGAAGUUGUUUAAAAUUGAAAACGGUGGUAGUACUUCGCUAUUAGUCAUAAAUGGAAUCGUGUUCAUGGUCUCCGUCAUGUUCGCCAGUAUCGUUCUGAUUAAUCUCAUCAACGGUCUAGUGGUCAACGACGUUCAAGGUCUUGAGAAAAAGGGCCACAUGCGUCGAUUAUUGCAACAAGUGGAAUUUGUUGCACAUCUAGAAAGAGUGAUGAUAUAUCGAAUUUUUCGCAGCAAGUGGCUACAUCAUCGUUUAAGAAAACUACUGAGCUCGAAAGGCAUAAUAGAUACAAAAAUUACGCUGCUUUAUAAUAACAAACAUAUACAACAUAGGAUUUAUCCUUGGAAGCCUCAGAAGAUUCCGGACCAUCUAAAAGAAGCUUUAUUUUUGUUAGCCAAGAAAUCUUUCAAGAACAAUAAUUUAGCAGACAAAAAUAUAAAAAUUGACGAUACAAUCUUAACCCAAGUGGUACGUACUUAAAACAAUAUAAUAAUGUCUUAAAAUUGCGUGAUUUAAUAUUCAAUCUAAAUGAUAUGUAUUUAAGAAAAAUGUAUGAAAUCUUUA